AUGUAUUUACCAGAUUUGAUUCCUCGUGAUGCACAUCAUUUAUGGAUGCUAGAGUCUAACACAAGGCAAUCCACAAAAUCACAGGACAUAGAAUCUGAAAUCAGUACAAGCCGAUUUCCUCCACUGUCUUCGUAUUCACCUGCAUUUCCAACCCCGAUUAGAAUGUCAGAUAAGUCUAGCGGGUUGUCAAUAUUGCCUUCUGAACAAGCCAGCAAUACCACGUUGGAGUAUUUGGCAACUUCCAUAUCUCGAGAUCUUAGAUAUCUCAGCGACCUCAGCAAAGUUGGCUAUAGUUAUCUGAAACCAAUGGGGCUUGGAAAAAGCAUGAAGCAAUUAUCUGAAGAACAAGAUCACGACGAUGAUCCAAUUAACUUCGAAGGUGGGGAUGCGUUCACAGCUGUAGGUGAAGACGAAGAGGUGGACCACAUCGCUGGUAAUAGUGUUGAGGAACUCACUCACUCCCUUCAUCUGAACAAUAAUACAGAAGCUGAUCUUGAUGCUGAUAUCCCAAACAAUGAUGCCUACUCUCUGGAUUUCGACACCGAUGGUGAUGAUGAAGAUGGUGCUGAUGGCAGCGAGGGCAACGACGGCGUUACGCAUGAGGAUGACAACGCUGUCAUAAAUGAUCCCGAAGCAUUUAUGGCCUCUGAGGAAUAUCAAGAUGAUCAUAGCAUUUCAAUUGGCUGCCCAGUUGAAAGUGAUCCAAACCAUCCGACAGAUUAUGUUGCGACUGAUAACGUACUGCUCCAUUCUGGGCCUCUUACGUCAGCAACGACGACGACUGAAACGUCAGCAUCAAACCAGAUAAGAACUAGUCAUGCUGGUCGGGAAGGUAAUGAAACUGCAACAGGUGACACAUCUCCACAAACUCCAUAUAUGUUUUCCCAUUACCAUGCUGACUUACAGGACAGUCCUUGUCUUAGGUCACCAGGGAUGAGAAUGGAUGUUCGCGCAAAUACCUCUAGGUCUUCUGAUUAUGACAUGACUAUAGAAUAA